AUGGGUGUUAAACGAAAGGCGCGAGUUUGCGAAGCUGUCUCGGGACUGGAGUGGAGUGUACGGGGGCAGAGGAGUAGGUACUUUCACGAGCUGCAUGACAAGAUUCAGAACGAACCAGUUCCAAGUCCUGAUGGUGGGGACGAUUUGAUUCUAUGGAGACACUCGGGAGGCAAAUAUCGUGAUCAUUUCUUAGCUAAUGAAACUUGGAACCAAAUACGGGAUAAGCAUGAGAAAGUUGGCUGGAGCAGCAGUGUUUGGAUCGCUCAGGGGGUUCCUAGGUUUGCGUUCAUAACGUGGCUGGCGGUUAAGAACAGGCUUGCUACUGGUGAUAGAAUGCGGACAUGGGGCAUUCACCAGGACUGUGUUCUUUGUGGGGAGAAAUAUGAGACGCGAGAUCACUUGUUCUUUGCUUGUCCCUACUCCUACACAGUGUGGGAUAGGCUUGCAAGCAAGUUAAUUGGCUCGUCCAUUAACCCAUAUUGGAAUGAUAAUCUUUCGUUGAUUAAAAAUGGGAGUUUCACUCGAGUGGAUCGAGUACUUAUUUGUCUGCUGUUCCAAACGCUAAUCUAUCACAUAUGGAGAGAGCGCAAUGCAAGAAGACAUCAGAAAGGAUCUCAGCCGGUGGAACAUAUGAUCAAGCUUACGGACAAAUCAAUCAGAAACAGGAUCUCUUCGCUUAAAUACAGAAGCGACCAUAAGCUGGGUAGCCUUAUGUGCAGAUGGUUUGAGAUGAAGGGAGAUUAG